UCUUCUUUUCCAUUUGAUUCUGGAAUCUGGAUUCACAGCGCUCAACGUCCUAAACUUUCUCUCUCUAAAAAUCUUCCGGGAAAAAGAAAAGAAAAAACUCUGUCUCUCUAAAAGCUGUGUCUUCGUUUCUCUAGAUUUCAAGGAGGAGAGAUGCCGUUCUGUGACGUCGGCACAUACCAGAACGGUGGAGAUGCAGUGGGGAGCAGCAAUGGAAUCAAGAUUUUCUACAGAACAUACGGCCGCGGACCAAUCAAAGUCCUGAUGAUCAUCGGAUUGGCUGGGACUCACGAUUCAUGGGGUCCCCAAAUCAAGGGGCUGACCGGGACGGUGACGCCCAAUGAUGAUGAACUGACGGCAGUGGAUCAGAACCCAGCUGAAGUUGGAGCUGCCGGAGACAAUGAGGGUGGUGUAGAGGUCUGUGCUUUCGACAAUCGUGGAAUGGGUCGUAGCUCUAUACCCACCAAAAAAUCAGAAUAUACAACAUGUAUCAUGGCAAAAGAUGCAAUAGCUGUAAUGGAUCACCUGGGUUGGAGAAAAGCCCAUGUUUUGGGGCAUUCAAUGGGAGCUAUGAUAGCUUGCAAAUUGGCAGCAAUUGCACCAGAUAGAAUUCUGUCAUUGGCUUUACUGAAUGUUACUGGUGGUGGUUAUCAGUGUUUUCCAAAGCUUGACCGUCAAACUUUAUCAAUAGCAAUCCGUUUCUUGAAGGCAAAGACUCCUGAGCAGAGGGCAGCUGUUGACUUGGACACCCACUAUACAAAGGAAUAUCUCGAGGAAUAUGUUGGACCUAACACAAGAAGAGCAAUUUUAUAUCAAGAGUAUGUGAAAGGUAUAUCAGCAACUGGGAUGCAGUCAAAUUAUGGUUUUGAUGGUCAAAUUCAUGCUUGCUGGACACAUAAAAUAUCACGAACAGAACUUGAAGUAAUCCGCUCUGCUGGAUUUCUUAUAUCAGUCAUUCAUGGCAGGCAGGACAUCAUAGCUCAAGUAUAUUAUGCAUGGAGACUUGCAGAGAAACUGCAGCCUUUUUCUAGAAUGAUAGAACUUCAUGGAGGGCAUCUAGUGAGUCAUGAGAGGACUGAAGAGGUCAAUCAAGCUAUUCUUGAGUUGAUCAAGGCAUCAGAACAGAAGAUAAGCCCACAUGAAUGGACAAAUUUGCCCAGCAAAAGCUCCGGGUGGGUAAUUACACGGACAUCAUUUACCGGAACAAAUUCUGAGGGAGGAAGCGUUCUAUCUUUCAUGGCUGUCAUUUUAACAAAGCUACAUCUAUUCCUAUUAUAUCUCCUUGGGCUCUUUGCGUUAGCAUUUGAGUAUGCACGAAGAGCUUUAAGAAGUAUAAAACCAGUAAGAGUUGGAGCUACACUAACUUUAGCAUAAGCUAAUAUUGACAAAGCCUCUUUGUCUACUGGGUAUUUUUUAAAAUUGUGACCCCAGUAAUGUGGCUCUUUCUUGAUAUAAGCAGUCCGCUUUCUAAUAUAACCUUCAAGUGUGUAUCAAGCAAUGAAUACACAGGAUCGAUACAACUAGUUUUGAUGACAAGAUGGUCAUAUAUGUGGUGAUACAGCUUCUUUGAUGCAAUUGAGGCAUGAAAGGACAAAGCACAGCAAAAUUUUAAGGAGGAUACUCUUGCCCUUUUAGUUGCAUCUGUUCAAUGUCAACUAAGUGUGGUCCAAUACGCGUUUUUUCACUGUACUUGCAUCCUUGUAUUUAUGAAAAGGUCAAAGAUUACUUUUGUUCACAAAAUGUUGUGCUCCCUGAAAUAGGGAGAGAAUGUUUGGUAUAUUGAUGCAGUGUGCAAUUACAAGAGAUCUUAAAUAAUUUGAGAUGAAUGUUUGAUGAGAAAUGUUCUACUUUUACCAACCACUCAAUUAUUAAUCCAAUAAUAAGUUGAUUAAA